AUGGACAGUGUAAAGAAAGUUUGGAUAUGCCAUGCGUAUAAAUCCAAUGUUUCUCGUUCUAAAGAAGAUGUACUUAUUAGUAACAAGGUGAUCUGUUAUGUUUUCGUAUUCAUGUUUAUGUUGGUAAUGUUCAGCCAAAGAUCAGUUAAUAAUGAGACUGCAUCCCCUGUAUCAGCUAAUGAAUUGUCACAACUUAAUAAUGUGGAACUACGAAUUGAAAGUAGUGUCAGUGGUGAAUUACAUGGUGAUCUGUUAUGCUUUUGUGUUCAUGUUUCUGUUGGUAAUGUUCAACCAAGAUCUGUUAAUAAUGAGACUGCAUUCCUUGUAUCAGCCGAUGAAUCGUCACAUCAUAACAAUGUGGAACUACAUACUGAAAGAAAUAUUGAAGAUAAUACUACUACUAGAUCAAGGACUCGAGGUCAUGGAAAAUCUUGUGGACGUUCUCAUAAUCAUUCUGGUCAUGGUCUAGCUGCUUCAUCCCCACAAUCAAGCUGCUUAGUCCAGUGUGAAGCAUCAAUUAAUACCAAUAAACAGGCCCAAUGA